AUGGCCUCCGAUACCAGUCGAUCGAUUCACUUGGUGAAGAUAAUAACCGACAACACUACCAAAAUUGAAACAUAUCGUCAGGAACAAGGACUAUCGCCCCUCAGCUUGGGGCCUGACGCACCGCUUGAUGUGAAAUAUCCACCAAAUGUGGAACAAUGUCGACGGGCUCUGAUCGAUGCUAGCCUGGAGUUGAGCGAUUUGGCAACGGGUCCCGUCGAGCUUCGUCUCGUACCUGGAUGGGCCGUCAUGACUAUGUUUGGUGUGACACAAUUCAUCUGCGACUUUGAAAUCGCAAAGCAGGUGCCUCUGAUAGGCGACAUAUCAUACGACCAUCUCUCCAAAGCUGUCAACGUCGGGACAUCCGUACUCCGUCAGGUCCUGCGGGCGGGCAUGCCCUACCACAUGUUCUAUGAGCCACGGCCAGGCCACGUGGCACACACAGCCACGACCAAGGUCAUCGCGAGGGAUGCACUGAUCAAAGACUGGACUGGACUAUCCACGGAUGUCUUGUUUCCCGCUGGCGCUGGGCUUACUGAAGCAUUGAGAAAAGAGCCUGCGGCCAACGACCCCGCCAAAACAGGUUUCAUGUUUGCCAAAGGGGACGGCGAGGCUGGGAUGUUUAUGUACAUGGAGAAGCACCCAGAGCAGGCUCGAAGAUUUGCAGGCGUCAUGGGGGCAUUUCAAAAAGACGACUCGUACUCGCCACGCCACCUGAUCGACAGCUGGCCGAAUGAUUUGCAGACCGGUAAGCUCGUUGAUUUGGGCGGAUCUACGGGCGCCGUGGCUUUUGCGUUGGCCGAGGAGUUCUCAGAACUCGAGAUCGUGGUACAGGAUCUGCCUGGGGCACUUGAAGCUGCCCAAGUUCGAGAGGGCAAGAAUGUGUCUUUCAUGGCUCAUGACUUUUUCAACGAGCAGCCUGUUAAGGACGCUGACGUAUUUCUGUUCCGCUGGGUCUUGCACAACUGGCCCGAUGUUUAUGUUCAACGCAUGCUGAAAGCCUUGAUUCCAUCGCUGAAGCCUGGUGCCAAGAUCAUCAUCUUUGACGAGAUCAUGCCUCCGGCUGGCACCUUGAGCCUGAGCGUUGAGCGAUAUCAGCGAAACAUUGAUUUCGGCAUGUUAACCCUUUUCAACUCCAAGAUUCGUGACAUUGAGGAAUGGAAAGAAAUCAUUACCCAGUCAGACCGGCGUUUCGAGGUCGCCAAUGUUAGAUACCCCGAAAACUCCCGACUUUCCCUGAUUGAAAUUGUAUGGCAACCAUGCAGGUCUGGGCAGUAUAACCUCGAGCUUCUAUGGAUCGGCGUGAAACCCUUUGACCUGGGUAGUUUUAACUUUGUUUCUGUCUAA